AUGCCGAGAAAGAGGGAAAGAUGCAAAGAAAUUGAUGACGAUAAUGUAAUUUUAGUUCCUGAAGAAAUUAAUGAAGAUAAUGUAAUUUUAGUUCCUGAAGAAAUUAAUGAAAGCUUUUGGGAUAGUAGUAAUAUAGUUGAAGAGAUGAUAUUAGAAAAGAAAACUAAUCAAGAGGAGAUGACUAUGAGUGUAGAAGAAACCCCAAAUUGUUCUUAA